AUGGGACCCAGAAACCACACAGCGGUUUCAGAAUUCCUUCUCCUGGGACUGACAGAUGACCCAGCUCUGCAGCCCCUCAUCUUCAGCCUGUUCCUGUCCAUGUACCUGGUCACAGUGCUGGGGAACCUGCUCAUCAUCCUGGUGGUCAGCUCUGACCCCCGCCUCCACACCCCCAUGUACUUCUUCCUCUGUAAUCUUUCCUUUAAUGACAUCUGCUUAAGCACCACCACAGUCCCCAAAAUGCUGCAAAAUAUCCACACCCAGGACCAGAGCGUCACUUACACAGGCUGUCUCUCCCAAGCCUGCUUUGUCAUAAUUUUUGCACUCAUGGAAAAUUGUCUGCUUGCGGUGAUGGCUUAUGACCGCUAUGUGGCCAUUUGUCACCCCCUGAGGUACACAGUCAUCAUGAACCCCCGCCUCUGUGUCCUGCUGGUCCUGGUCUCUCUGCCCAUGAGCAUGGUGGACGGCCUCCUGCAGAGUCUGAUGGUGCUGCGGCUGUCCUUCUGCACAGACCUCGAGGUCCCCCACUUCUUCUGUGAACUCGCUCAGGUCAUCAAGCUGGCCUGUUCUGACACCCUAGUGGAUAACAUUCUGAUCUAUGUUGCAAUAUGCAUCUUUGCUGGUGUUCCUCUCUCUGGGAUCGUUUUCUCUUACGCUCACAUUGUGUCCUCUGUCUUGAGGAUGCCCUCAGCAGAAGGAAAGCACAAGGCCUUUUCCACCUGUGGGUCUCACCUGUGUGUUGUGUCUUUGUACUAUGGGACAGGUUUGGGGGUAUACAUUAGCUCUGUAGUUAAUGACUCCCCCAGGAAGACUGCAGUGGCUUCAGUGAUGUACUCUGUGGUCCCUCAGAUGCUGAAUCCCUUCAUCUACAGCCUGAGGAACAGGGACAUGAAGAAAGCCUUGAAGAACCUCAUGGGAAAACUGGCUUCUUUUCUAUGA